GGAGGCUGUGUUGUGAGCUCUGCUUUAGUUCAUGAAUAUAAACACACUGUUCCCAGAGAGGAUGAUAGUUAGUGUUUAACCACAUUAAGGAGGGGACGACAUGGAGGUGCUGAAUGCGGUUCCUCCCUACGGACAUGUUAUUGCCACCGAGAAAUGGAGAAACUCUUCCCUCAUUCAAAGCUUAAAGGGCUUUACUUCUGCUGCAGGUGGCGGCGUGAGAAUCCUGUUUGAGAAUGAGCUCGGUGUGGCAGACUUCCACCUGCCCAACAAGAGCUGCAUCCUGUACGUGUCCGAGUGCGACAUCGUAGCAGGAAACGCCUACAAGAGGAAACUGGUUCGCUACAGAAAUACCACCAGCAGCUUCCAGGAGCUGGUGCUGGUGGAGAACACCAGGCUCAGUGAGCAGUACUUUGCUGCCGUGCAGAAGUUUGUGGUGUUUGACCUCGGGUUGACUCUGCUGCCGGUCGGCGGGCAGACCGAGGCCUCGCAGCUCAUCACGCAGAUGGUUCACGGGGAGGGCAGAGAGAACCCCUUCAGGAGGAGGACUUCGUCCCGGCUGUUGGACCCUCUGGUCCUGGCUCUGGUGCAGCAUGUCCCUGGGGUCGGCAGGGUCAAAGCCCUGGCCCUGCUGGAGCACUUCUCCAGCAUCCAGCUGCUCUGUAACGCCGCCCCCGCCGAGCUGGAGCCCAUCGUGGGUCAGGCUGCAGCUCAGCAGAUCCACAGCUUCUUCCACAAACCCACAGCUGCUGGAACGUGAAGGUUCAACUCUGGGUCUUUAUUUAACCAGAGAGGUUUGGAUUAAAUGAUGCCCAUACACUUUGGCCCACAUGGACACUAAAACAAAUCUAACUUUGCACUGUUUCUGCAAGUGUUCAAACUUCAAGAAGCUACAUUUGUUUACUGUUGACUAUGCGGAAAAGCCCAAAGACUGUAUAGUAUAAGGACGUGGUCUCAAAGCGGCAGUGAGGACACAGCCCAACUGUCACAAUGGCCACAGUGGGUGGAUCGUGGUGACACAGCGGAGCAGACAGCUAGCAGCUAGAGACCGUAGUCUGUAUAGAAGGAGUGGACAUAGUAGUCGUGACGUCACCCUUUGUUUUGUGGGCUGCAGUUUUUAAGCCGAGGAGUAAGGCAAAUUUGGCCAUCAACAUCCUUUUUUUUUUUUUUUUUUUUUUGCAAAUAGGUAACAGAAAUGACUAUAUUUGGACUGAGGAGGAGUGACGUAGUGUUGUCAGAUAAACAAGGAUAUUAGCUGCAGAGACCCAAACUGUUGUUUUGCCAGGCUGUAAACUUGUUUAUUUCUGCUGUAAAGUUGUUCAUUUUAAGACAGGGGUCUAUGGGGAUUGACUUGUGUUUGAAUCUUCAAGUGGCCAUUUGAAGAACUGCAGUUUCUGCCACUUCCCCUUUGGCUUCAUUUAUCAGCAUCAGAGGUUGCCGCUUGGGGAACCAAGAUAUUUCAGUCAGGACCAGCAUCGCCAUCCAUAGAUCCAAUCUGCUAACGGCCUGAAAUAGAGGGACUGUUGUAUGUAGAGUGUCUGGUUUCUAAGUUUUUCACUCUGCACUUUUGCAUCUACAAUAAAAAUAUAUCAG